AUGUGGGCGCGGGCGGCGCGGCGGGUGCUCCGGGCCCCGGGGGGCGGGGGCCGGGGCUUCGCUUCCAAGGCCGGAGGCGGGGGUGUCUCCGCGGGGGGCGAGAAGGCGCCCCCGGAAAGGGGGCGCGUCCCCGGCGACGUGAUCGAGCACCUGGAGCGGCUGGCGCUGGUGGACUUCGGCAGCCGGGAGGCCGUGGCGCGGCUGGAGAAGGCCGUCGCCUUUGCAGACCGGCUGCGCGCCGUGGACACGGACGGGGUGCAGCCCAUGGAGUCGGUGCUGGAGGACAGAUGUCUAUACCUGAGACCCGACAACGUGGUAGAAGGUAACUGUGUUGAAGAACUACUACAGAACGCCCAUCGAGUUACGGAGGAAUAUUUUGUGGCUCCCCCAGGUAAUAUCACUUUGCCAAAGCUGGAUGAACAAGAGCUCUUCUCAAAGAGCUGA